AUGCCAAAGUUUGUGCAUGAGGGCGGAAACGGGGGCCUGUGUCUGUUUCAUUAUGUUUCUUUCCAGUUUUUCCUUCCUAUAAUUUAUUUCUUCAUCCAUUCUGUAAUUUCAUUUUUUUUUCAUUUUACACCUUUUUUUAAUUAUUUUCCUUUCUUCAUUUAUUCUUUUUUCCUUCCUUAUUUUUUUCUUUCAUCUAUUCCGUAUUUUUCAUUUUACAACUUCACUAGUUUUUUACAUUAUGUUUCGUUCCCGUUUUGCCUCCCUAAAUUUAUUCUUUUAUCCAUUUUGUAUUUUUUUCCAUUUGAUUACCUUUUUUUCAUUUUCCUUUCUAUUUUCCAACAUCAUUUAUUCCUUCAACCAAUCUGUAAUUUUCAUUUUUCCAUUUUAAUAUUUUUUUUUCGUCGUGUAUCGCUCCCGUUUUUCAUUCCUUUUUCCAUCUUUCGUCUAAUUCGUAUUUUCAUUAGUUUUUCCUUCCUCUUUAUUUUCAUUUCGGUGCCUUUCUCCAUUCGCUCAUUCAUUCUUUCAUCAUUUUUUACUCCUUCUUUCAUUCGAUUUACUUCAUUUAUAUUAUCGUCCACUUUUUCUUAUCAGCGACAUGUUAAUUAUUCCUUCUCUCUAAUAUAUUUCUUUCCUUCAAUAUUCUAUUCUGUCAGUUUUUCUUCUUUCCUUUUUUCAUUUUCUGACCGCUCUCCAACUCUUUCUUUUAGUCUUUCAUUCUUUCUUCUCAUUCUUCUUUUUUCAGGAAUUCCUAAUGUGUUUAUUUAUUCCUUACUUAAUUUAUUCAUUCAUCGAAUCGGUAUUUUCAUUAUUCAAUUUCACUACUUUUUUCUUUGUGAUUCCUCUCCGUUUUUCCUUCUUCCUUAUUCUCUCAUCCAUUCCAUAUUCUAA